GCUUCGCUACCACUAAUGAGGGCAUUCGUUACAUGCGAGCUCGGUGCGGCAGUCUGAUCAACACCAGAAAGUGAGUUCCCCGUGCGGUUUCAGCAUAGAUGUCAGCCAGUGAACACGACUCAUCAAAAAGCUCUCGAACCUUUACAAACAAACAUUACGAGUAGAGUAUCAUGCUCGAACAGGACACACUUCCCCUGCAACCAAUACUUACUACUUCUACUCUCUUGUAACUUAUUUCAAGUGUAAUCUUGUAAAGUGGAGGACUAUUAUUGUCGAUUUGAAAAGGAUUUAGACUUACUUUCCUUACUGCAGACCACGGUGUGGUAAACUACGGCUCUUUCAUGCAUGCAUCGUGUGCUGAACUCCCUGAUUUCACCCAGUCGACAGCCCGACGCUAUCUAUCGGCAGUACCACCAACCAGCAUAGACGGGAACUGGGGCGGGGCGGCCGUCGGUGCUACACCCGGCGGAGCCUCUCUAGGACACGCUGCAGCCAUGAUUUCGGCCCAGUCUAAACUCCUCUACCAGCUGAAUCGUUAUGUUGGAGAAAGGGUGGCAAUCCGACGAGCAAACAGCAAUAAAACGGUGAGAGAAGUCUGUAAAAUUGUCACUGAUGUUCUGAAGGAAGUUGAGGUCCAGGAGCCGAGAUUUAUUAGCUCACUGGUUGAAAAUGAAACAGGACGGUUUGACGGAUUGGAAGUCAUCUCGCCUUCCGAGUUCGAAGUGGUGCUAUUCCUCAACCAGAUGGGUGUAUUCAACUUUGUUGAUGACGGUUCCGUCCCAGGAUGUGCCGUAUUGAAGCUAAGCGAUGGACGAAAAAGAUCCAUGUCACUUUGGGUCGAGUUUAUCACUGCAUCGGGCUAUCUUUCUGCGAGGAAAAUUCGAUCACGGUUUCAAACACUGGUAGCUCAGGCAGUGGAUAAAUGUAAAUACAGGGACAUCGUGAAAAUGAUUCCGGACACGUCAGAAGUCAAGUUGCGAAUCCGUGAACGAUAUGUGGUCUUGAUUACCCCCGCGUUUAAAUGCAGCGGUAUCUGGCCCCGUAGCGCAGCACAUUGGCCCUUGCCCCACAUCCCCUGGCCUAGCCCCGCUCUGGUCGCUGAGGUGAAAACCGAAGGCUUCAACCUGCUGUCAAAAGAGAGCCCCGCCCAAGCUGGUAAGCAAACAUCAGCAGAAGGAGAUGCAUGGGUUCUUUCUUUCACAGAUGCAGAAAACAAACUCUUGCAGGGAGGAUGCCGUCGAAAGACUCUGAGUAUCCUCAAAACUUUGCGAGACAAACACCUCGAUCUCGCUGGUCAACCCGUCAAAAACUACCACUUGAAGUCACUGCUCCUUUACGAAUGUGAGAAACAUCCUCGUGAGAUAGACUGGGACGAAACUUGUCUUGGUGACCGCAUCAACGGGAUCCUUCUGCAGCUGAUAUCGUGUCUGCAGAAUAGGAGAUGCCCUCACUAUUUCUUGCACGGACUCGAUUUGUUUCACGGGAAACCUCAUGCUGCUCUCGAUCAGGCUGCCAAACAAGCAUGGAGGAUAACGCGUGAGAUUCUUACUAAUCCAAAAAGCUUAGAAAAACUAUGACAAUGUGAACUUUAAUCCAGAGGACUUAUAACUAUUAAAGGUGUGAACAUCGCCAAGAAAAAAAUAUUUCAACAAUGUAUCAGUAUUCCAAUUUGAACCUUGUGGCACAAAGUAAAAAUACGUGUUGUUAUAAUAAUGUUGGUUGCAAACGCAAAAUAGAAUUCAUGCAUUAGGAGACAUCUAUGGAUUCAUGGCUUGUGCACCUGCAUAAAAAGUGAAGUGUGAGAGUUUACAUUGUUUAGGAAGCGUAAAUUGGGUGAAGAUCACGCCGGUGCGAACCCGUGGCUUCUCCGUUGUGUCGCUGUUAAAUGUUUCUCACCUACCUAGCUAUCUCUCGCUGCCACAACGAUUCGGUUUCACCCAAGAAUGAAUUUGGCAGUUGGAUUUGUGGUGAGAUUAACGUAUUAAGCCAUGCUCAUAAUCGAUUUUGUGAGUGACCGCAGCUAAUAGAAAGUAUGAACCAUGAUUUAUUGUAUUACGAUUAAAUAUGAAAGCAUGAGUAUGUAUGGAAUAAAAAUAAUUUUAAAACGCUGUAAAUUGAAAAAGAGAGGUACUUUGCUGUUCAAUGUUUAAGAAGACGGUCUUCUGAAGUUACAAUUUUAAAAUGGAUUCCUUUAAAAAAGACAUGAAUUUGAAAUCCUUGGACAACUUGCAGUAUUUUCGUUUUUUUAAAUUCAAUUUCUGUGCCAAAAUGGCAAACAUUUUUCCUUUUUUAAAUUUGUUAUAUUGAAAUUCCAAUUUAAAUUCCAUUGCGCAAAAUAAAUGGGAUUCAAAUGGCGUUAAACAACUCCAAUCUUUCAGUCUACAAAGUAUAAUUUAAAACAAAAAGUAUACAUUUAUAGAUAAUUUUUUCCUGUAGGAUUUAUCCAUGCAGAUAGAUUCUCUUCAUUUGACUGUGACAGUGUCUACGCAAAUUCUAUUUCUUUCCUUUCUAUAUUUCAAGAUUAUAUUGCUUUACUUUUAAGUCAUUUAUAGCCUUAUAUAACAUCGGAAGUUUUAUUAAUGGUAUCAAAGAGACAACAAAACAGUAUUUUUUAAACGUGAUGUUGAAAAGGGUGUAGGUUGCCAAUUCAUUUAAAACACUACAUGUAUUUCAUUUCACAGCCCUAAUUCUAAAUCCCUAUUGGGUUACCCAAAUAAUUUAUAUAGUUUAACAAAACUAAAAUAGAGUAAUUUUUAAUAUUUCUACAGAAUUUUUAUGGUGUUUUGAUGUAUAUGUAUUUCCCUUUAAUGUCGAAGUGAGUAAAUCGCAUGUGUCCGCAGUGAGUUCUUAUCAUGGUUAUUUGUUAACAUUGCGUCCAGUCUUUCCAUUAUAACAUGCAUUUUUCAAUUAUUUGCAUUGUUAUUUACUUUCUUGUUCAAUUCAGUGCGGCAACAGCUUACUCUCUGUUCAAACUAUUCUGUAAGGCCUUGGUCUUUGACAUCAUAAUAGAACAAAAUUGAAUAUAAGCCAGAUUUUCUUUCGUUCGAAAUCUAUAAGAUCGUGAUUUUAUUUCAUGUGCAAGAUAUCGUGAUUUUAUUUGAUGUUGUCUUUUGAAGAGCUAUUAUAACAUGCCAAUGCGGUAUGGUCUAUA